AUGGCAUCUAACCAUAAAUACAAAUGGGAUAGCACUCAGACAACGCUUUUAAUCCAGCACUACGAAAGAUUCCCUGAACUUUGGAAUGUAGCACUGAAAGAGUACAGGGACAAAGAAAAGAAAGCAGUUGCUGUAAAAGAAAUAUCAGAGCUUUUCAAUGUUAGUGAGGCUGAAAUAGCGAGAAAGUGGCACAAUCUGCGGUGCCAAAUGAACAAUGAAAUAAGGAAAAUGAAAGUAAAGAAGAGUGGCAUGGGUGCAGAUGAUGUACUGGUGAAAAGCAAAUGGGAAUAUUUUGACGUUCUUCACUUCAUGAUUGGAAGUGUGAAACCCCAAGAAACUGCUGUUACAAACAUGACUCUAUCAUCAUCAGAGGUUAACACAGAAAAUGUCCCUCCAACUGGAGAGCAAAUUCUAAUCCUGAUGUCACUCCUGGCAUAUCUAUCUGGUGUUGGAAAUACUCAGGAAAAUGUCCUAAGAAAUCCAAACACAGUGAAGAAGAGAAUGCAUUGA